CAGACACUCACACACGCACACACCCACACAGGCACGCCGCCACGCUGGGCCACGGGCCCGCCCAGGGCCGGCUUCUAGGUCAGACCUGGAUACACCUUCCCGGAGGAGCCCGGGCAGGUGCUGCCGGUGGGGGCCUCAUGGCUGGGGGGGUGUGGGCCCGGGGCAGGAGCCAGGGGGCCCCUGUGGGGUCCCUAACUUUGACAGCUCUGGCGGAAGGCAUCCGGGCUAGCCAGGGGCAGGCUUCUCCACCCCCGUGGACCGGCUCUCAGCCUGCACCUCCCGAGCCUGAACCCGAGGCUGAGCGCCAGGCACAGGCACCCUCCAGCUCUGAGGCUCGAUCUGGAGAUGGGGUGGCGACUCCCACAGCGGGCAGUGAGCCCCGCUCCCCACACAGUGCCCAGGACCCAGCCCCUGAGGGGCCCCACCAGGCCCCCCAGGGUUCCUGGGAGGAAGGGGCCCUGGCGGACCUCGCGGUGUACACGGCUGCCUGCCUAGAGGAAGCCGGCUUUGCCGGGACCCAGGCCACUGCGCAGAGCCUGACCUCCGUCCUGGAAGCUCGCGGGGAACGACUGGAGGACCAAGUGCACGCUCUGGUGCGCGGGCUGCUGGCGCAGGUGCCCAGCCUGGCGGAGGGGAGGCCCCGGCGCGCGGCCCUGCGGGUGCUGAGCGCGCUGGCCCUGGAGCACGCGCGGGACGUGGUGUGCGCGCUGCUGCCGCGCUCGCUGCCCCCGGACCGGGCGGCGGCCGAGCUGUGGCGCAGCCUGAGCCGGAACCAGCGCGUGAAUGGACAGGUGCUGGUGCAACUGCUGUGGGCGCUGAAGGGCGCGGCCGGGGCGGAGCCGGAAGCGCUGGCGGCCACGCGCGCCCUUGGGGAGAUGCUGGCUGUGUCUGGCUGCGUGGGAGCCACGCGAGGCUUCUACCCGCACUUGCUGCUGGCGCUGGUCACACAGCUGCAUGAGCUGGCCCGCGGCGCACGCGCCCCGGACAGCCCGAGGGCCUGGACCCCGUGCCACCGGGGGCCCCACGGCCACGCCAGCUGCACGGUGGAGGCCUUGAAGGCCCUGCUCACGGGGGACGGGGGCCGCAUGGUGGUCACAUGCAUGGAGCAGGCCGGAGGCUGGAGGAGGCUGGUGGGCGCGCACAGCCACCUGGAGGGCGUCCUGCUGCUGGCCAGCGCCAUGGUCGCCCACGCCGACCACCACCUCCGAGGCCUCUUCGCAGACUUGCUGCCCCGGCUGCGGAGCCCCGACGAGCUGCAGCGGCUCACUGCCAUGGCCUUUUUCACCGGGCUGUUGCAGAGCCAGCCCACCGCGCGGCUCCUGCGGGAGGAUUUCAUCCUGGAGCGGCUUCGCGCGUGGCAGGCCGACCCCGAGCCCACGGUGCGCUGGCUGGGCCUGCUGGGCCUGGGCCACUUCGCCCUCAACCACGGGAAGGUGCGGCACCUGGGCGCCCUGCUGCCCGCGCUCCUGGGCGCUCUGGGCGAGGGGGACCCGCGGCUCGUGGGCGCCGCGCUGGGAGCCCUGCGGAGGCUGCUGCUGCAGCCACGAGCGCCGGUGCGGCUGCUGAGCACGCAGCUGAGGCCCAGACUCCUGCCGCUGCUGGACGACGCCCGGGACGCGGUCCGCGCCUCGGCGGUCGGGCUGCUCGGCACCCUGGUGCGGCGGGGCCGGGGCGGGCUCCGGCUGGCUCGGGGACCCCUGCGGACACUGGUCCUGCAGAGCCUGGUGACGCUGCUGCUGCGCCUCCACGACCCCAGCCGGGACGCGGCCGAGAGCUCGGAGUGGACGCUGGCCCGCUGCGACCAGGCGCUGCGGUGCCUGCUGGAGGAGGUGGUCACCGUGGCCCACUACGACAGCCCCGAGGCGCUGGGCCGCGUCUGCCGCCGCCUGGUUCAGCGCUACCCGCGCCACGUGCCCCGCUUUCUGAGCCAGACCCAGGGCUACCUGCGGAGUCCGCAGGCCCUGCGCCGGGCAGCUGCCGUGCUCAUAGGCUUCCUGGUCUAUUAUGCCAGCCCCCGCGGGGUGCCCCGGGACCUGCUGGACUCUCUGUCUCGGGACCUCGGGCAGCUGCAGGGGGACCCCGAGUCCGCCGUGGCCACUGCCGCCCAGGUGUCGGCCCAGCAGGUGGCGCUGCUGGCGCGGGCACAGGGCCGGCCACACAGGCCCCGCCUCCUGCGCCUCCUGAAGCGAAGCCCUCGCCCGCCGCGAGCCCCGCCCCUCUACGCAGACAGCCCCUUCCAGCGGCGGAGUCUGGCGGGCCGCUGGAGCUGCCCCCGCCCCGCUGAGCCCGCUCCCCGGACCCAACUGAGGGCCGUGGCUGGGGCUCCCGGCCCCCACCCGCCGCCCGCACGCCCACAGCCGCAGAUCUGCGGAGGAGGCCCGCGCCCGCCGCUGGGCACGCACGCGCCCCCCGCCUGGACGCUGGCCAGCCCUGCUGCCGACAGCCGGGCGGGGGCCGCCCUGUGA